AUGGCUGGGAUGGCUGGGCCGUUCGUACAGAAUGUUGGUGGUCAGUCUGCCCAGGCUGGAGAAGUGUUUGAGAGGAAGAAGAAGAAGAAGAUUAAGCAGAACAGACUCCCUGUUGAGGCCACUCCUUUUGUUAGAAGGAAAAGAGAGGAAAGUGCUCAACCUGCGACUUCAGCUGAAGGUCCUUCUCCUCCUCCUUCUAAGUCAAAAAGGCUUAGAAAGAGGACAGUGGUGGAAUAUGUGGCCACAGAAGGAACUGCAGUAGCUCCCAACGCCACUUCAGACACGGAUGAAGAGCUGAGAGAGGCUUUUGAGGCUGUGGAGCAAGAGAAAGAGCUGGAAGAGUUGGAAGAAGUAGGAGAAGGGCCUCAGGAGAAGGCCAAGAUAAUGGAAGAAGAGGAGGAAAUUCCUGCUGAGGUGAUAGCAGAGAGUAUUGCGCUGGCUCAGAAACAACAAGAAGAUACAAGGGCAGGACUGACUAGCUCAGAGCUGGCCCUGUUUGAGGAUCCAGAGGCAGAACACUCUACUGCUGUUCCAGCGGCUGAUGAACAGGCAUGA